UUGUCUCAACAUUUAUUUGUCUCUCUCACCCAACAAGAGCCUUAUCAGCUCUUCGUUGUCGGCUCCUCCUCUCUAUAUAUGAUGCCUAGUGUCAUGCACGAUCCAUCUGAUAAGGACUCGGAGCACUUUGUUGAGAUAGAUCCCACCGGCCGCUACGGCCGAUACAGCGAACUACUAGGCUGCGGUGCAGUUAAAAAGGUUUACCGUGCAUUUGAUCAAGAAGAGGGAAUAGAAGUUGCAUGGAAUCAAGUCAAGUUACGGAACUUCUCGAACGAUCCGACCAUGAUCGAUAGGCUGUACGCUGAGGUUCGAUUGCUGAGAAGCUUGACGAACAAGAAUAUUAUUUCUUUUUACUAUGUGUGGCAUGAUGAAGAACAUAAUACGUUGAAUUUCAUUACUGAAGUUUGUACCUCGGGGAAUUUGAGAGAGUAUAGGAAGAAACAUAGGCAUGUUUCGGUGAAGGCGUUGAAGAAAUGGGCGAAGCAGAUCUUGAGAGGGUUGAAUUAUUUGCAUACUCAUGAGCCUUGUAUUAUUCACCGAGAUCUAAAUUGCAGCAACUUGUUUGUCAAUGGGAACACUGGCCAGGUCAAGAUUGGUGAUCUUGGUUUGGCUGCAAAAGUGGGGAAGAGUCAUUCAGCACAUUCAGUUCUCGGAACACCAGAAUUCAUGGCACCGGAAUUAUACGAAGAAGAUUAUACGGAAAUGGUAGACAUUUAUUCAUUUGGAAUGUGUGUGUUAGAGAUGGUAACAUUGGAAAUUCCAUAUAGUGAAUGUGAUAAUGUUGCAAGAAUCUACAAGAAAGUUUCUUCAGGAAUUAGGCCUCUUGCCUUGAACAAGGUUAAAGAUUCUGAAGUUAAGGCAUUCAUUGAGAAAUGCCUUGCUCAGCCUAGGGUUAGACCCUCUGCUGCAGAUUUACUCAAAGAUCCAUUCUUUAAUGGAAUUGAUGAUGAUGAUGAUGAUGACGACGAAAAUGAUGAUAACGUUUAUUUAUAAUAUAUAUCUUAUUUCACCCCUCCAACUUGUCACAAAAGAUCAUAAGUGCUUAUAUUGACGUUUUGGAUAAAUGAAUCCGUGGCUUGGAAAAAUUGAGUCAUUUUGAUUUUAUCCUAAACUUUCUAAAAAUGUAUAUUUUGAAUCUAUGUUUUGUUGGACCAUUUUAAAAAACAUCAGGGUAAAAUGAUCCAAUUUUGCCAAGUUGUGGGUUUAUUUGUCAAAUAACACCAACUUGAAUACUUUUGAUAUUUUGUGUCGAGUUGAAGGAUUAAAAUAAAACUUUGUUAAUUAUAUUAUUCUAAUUAUAGUUUGGUGUAGAUGGCUCCAUUAGCCAAUUGGUGUUGUUCUUGACACUUCUUUUUUUCUUUUGCCCUUUUAUUGUUACUUUAUUCUUUUGAUGAUUGAAGGCACAUGGGAAGUUUGAAAAUGUUGCAUUAUUUUUUCUAUCUUUUUUAAAAAGAGAAAUGAUAAGGAUUGAAUUUGUAUGAGGAAGACAUUUUCAAGAAUGGCAAUUCUUGCUUUGUAAAUAAAGUAUGAUUGAACUUUUAGAAUCAA